GAAAAAUUAUUGAUUUGUAGGAACUUUCAUGAUAAUGAGGCCUAUAUUUUGUGGGAACCUGGAGUUUGAUGCUCGCCAAUCUGAUGUUGAACGUCUUUUCAGAAGAUACGGGAGGGUUGAUAGGGUGGAUAUGAAAUCUGGUCCUAAUCGGAGUUUGCUGAUAAUAAUGGAUGCACUAUUCAGGAUCUGAAAAGCAAAUGUUCUGGCUGAGCUGUGCUGAGUGCUUCGUUCACUAUCUCUAAGAAACCAUCAUUGGCCCCUAAACUGAGUUUUUGUGGCAAGAAAGAUGGAUGAGAUGAUCAUUGAAAUGAUUUCUUCUUUUUCUUUUUCUAGAAACCUACAUUGUUAACCAACUCUUUCUUGAUCAAUGCAAUAAUUUCUCUCUAAAUAUUUUAGUGCGCUGCACUAAAUGCCCAGGCAGAGGUUGAACGAGAAAGGAGAAGGUGGUGUGUUCCCAUUGCCUGCUAAAACUAUGAUUAGUUAAUGGCUGCCGCAGAUCAAUUAUAUAAAUGAUUGCUUGUCAAAUAAUGUGACAUUGUUAUUUGAAGGAACCUUGGUUGAUUUUAGAAGGGAUUACUUGGAUAUUCCAUGAUCUUCCUCGAUGGAUGGUUCUCUGCGUUUAUUUUCUGGCUUGUGCCCAAGAUACAUGUUCUUGUGUUUGUUCGAAAGAACCAAUAUGAUCUGCCAUGGUCCCACCAUUCUACACUUUCCUGAGACCAUUGCCUUUUGCAUUCCUCAUGACUUUGCCCAGUCUUCAAUUUCCGACAUGUUUCAACAUAGAUAUCAUGUUCAUUCCGGAUCCAGUGGCAGGCUUUGCUUUCGUGUAUAUGGAAGAUGAGCGCGACGCAGAGGAUGCAAUCCGGAAACUUGAUAGGAUAGAGUUUGGUAGAAAGGGUCGCCGACUUCGUGUUGAGUGGACUAAGCAAGAGCGUGGUGGCAAAAGGCCUGAUAGCUCGAGACGAUCUUCAGCCAACUCAAGACCAUCAAAAACUUUGUUUGUUAUUAACUUCGACCCUAUCAAUACGAGGACCAGAGACCUUGAAAGACAUUUUGAACAAUAUGGAAGAAUAUUGAAUGUAAGAAUCAGAAGGAAUUUUGCAUUUAUACAAUAUGAGGUGCAGGAAGAUGCCACCCGAGCAUUAGAAGCAACACACAUGAGUAAGUUCAUGGACCGAGUUAUUUCGGUGGAGUAUGCAAUUCGAGAUGAUGAUGACAAAAGAAAUGGGUAUAGCCCUGAUAGAAGAGGUCGGGAUGCGUCUCCUGAUAGAAACUAUGGUCGUGGACGUUCGCCAAGUCCAUAUCGUAGGGAUAGGGGUAGCCCUGAUUAUGGACAUGGAUCUGUACCAAAUUCAAGAUCUGAGCGAAGAGACAGUCCUGAUUAUGGAAGAGGAGAAAGUCCUGCUAAUGACAGAUAUCACAGCCGUACACCUCCACGCGAAAGAUCCCGAUCUUGAGAAGGAAGAAAUCGGUGGGAAGCAUUUGGUGGCAUUGAUUGCCAUCAAAUGACAAUAGUCCUCCUUGUGCUAUUAUUAGCGCUUAGCUUGAGAUGUUAGUCAACCAGCAAGUGGCAAAAUUCAGGUAGAAUUUGCAGAAUUGUAUGUCUAUGAAGAAGUACAUUAAUCCCUGUAGUGUAGUUCCCGAACUGGAUUGCCUAUCCUUUUUAUGUUUUAACUUCUGGAUUGUGAUUGCAAAGAAAUCUUGUCAAAUUUUUCGCGACAUGCUGUUCUAUGUUUAAUAGUAGAAUGUUUGUUAA